AUGUUUUCAAAAAAACAAUAUAAAGUUAAACAUGCAUUAAUUACUGUUACUCUUUGUAAGUGUUGUUCAGAAAGAUUUAGAUGUAAAGAAACUAUAGCAAAGGAUGGAUUACCAUGUAAAAGAUGUGAAAAGAAUCAUGUUCAUUGUAGAAAUUCAUGUCAAAAAUGUUGUAAACGAUCUCAAUGUAAUGAUUUAACGUGUUCAAAUUGUGUUGAAGAUGGAAUUGAGUGUGAAAGAACAAUGAUUACAACACACGAACAAUUUAAAAAAGUUAACGAACAGGGCGUUAAAUAUUUUUCUGGACAAUAUGAAAGAGGUGAAACUGGACGAUUUCAUGAGCAGUGUUAUAUUCAAUUAAAUUCAUGGAUGAACUUUAAACGGAUUAAGAAGGUUUUUGGAAAUAUGAAUAUAAAUAUAAUGAAUAAUUUUUAUGGAGGUGAUAGAAGUGCUGUUGAUAUGCGAAAUUACUCAAUAAAGAAAUAUAAAAGAUGUUCAAUUCAUCGAGAAUGUCGAUGUGAUUAUUCUAAUUUAGAUAUUUGUUGUGAUAAAUGUGAUGAUUCUUGCAAGGAAUUUCGUGAAUUAUUAAUUGUUUAUGAUGAAUUAGAAAAUGAAUUAACUUUAGAGCAAAAAGGUCCAUUUAUUUUUGGAGAAUUUAAAGAAAGAAUAGGUAAUGAAAAAGUGAAAAUUGAUGGAAAAGAUCAAGGUGGAUUUGAAAAAGCUGUAAAUACUAUACUUGAUCAAUCAAAAGGUUAUGAAUUUAUUAAUAUUUUUAAACGAGAUCCAAAA